CCAAAACAGACCACAAACCUAGUACGUAGUAUAUUACCCUGCGAUAACCUUUCGACGCCAAAAACCAAAAUACCCAGACCAAAAACUUUACGAAACCUCGGCCUGCGUCGCCGGAAGAGAGAGCCGUUCAGCCAGGGAUUCAGAUGUCGUUAGAAGGACGAACGGAGAAGGAGGAGUACUCGUCGGGAUACCUUCUAGCUGCUGCCUCUGAACUCCACCGCCACCCAAUAUACCAGCUCGCCGGGGUCGUCACCGGACUGAUUUUAUUGUUCCAUGCCGAACUGGUUUCAGUAUUUUACGCGAAAACCACACAAGAAGACUGACGCUAAACUGUGAAGCUGGGACGAGAGAGGGGGAACUGACGCCAAACUGCAGAGCUGCCGGAGUUGGGCUACCUCCACGUCGGAAAGUGAAGAGCCGUGGGGAGGACACUGCAGCCUGCAGGGCGUCGGACUUCAGGCGUCGAGGCCCGGAAACGAGUUGCGCGGGAGGGAGUCAACGACCGCGACCGAGAGUGGACAGCAUGCUACGUCCAAAGCUUUUCGCUCCUGUGUUUUCCGUUCAGCUGCUUCAUCGCUGCAAUGCGUGACUUUGAUCUAUUUAAAAACUUGGUAAGAGGACGUGAACUAGGAGCGUCAUGGCCUUUGAGUCGAAAGGGCGCACAUGAGUUGAGAUCAAUGAACUGAGAAGGACCUUUAACUUCGAUCCAUCUUAGCAUCCCAUGAUUUUCCAAGGUUCCUUUGACAUUGCAUGUAUGAUAAUGGCCGGUUGAUGUGUUGCACAGGCCUUGAUUUUGAUAGUUUUUGUGUUUGAAGUCUGCUGGCCAGCUGGGGUUUUGUCAUGGAUCGCAUGUCCUUUAUGAAGAGGGCACAACUUAAGGCGGCCGAAGAGUUGAAGGCCCAGCAGCCUGCCACUGCCCCUGCGGCCAAGCCCCCUGUCCAGCCGAAAAAAGAAACGGCAGGCCGAUGAGGGCCAAAAGAAGUUGACCGAGGCGGGCCUGAAGCCCACUAAGAAGUCGAAGAGGGCUUCUCCCUCUGGUGAUGCCGGGACGUCGGCUGUUCCUUCUGGGGACGGAGGGGGUUCCAACGCCGAUGCUCUGGUGGAUCUCACUUCGGGCCCUCCGUCCACUACUUUAUCCACCAUUCCUCCCACCGCAGCGGCCACCCGGAAGAAAGGUUCCGGCCGAGAGCUGGUCAGAGGGACCUACAAGCUCGAGGUUGAAUACCCCGUUAAGGGGGGUCUAUUCAACGAGAUCAUUGACGGCCACGAGGUGAUCUCCCAGGCCAUCCCCGACGAGGACCGGGCUUACCUGAAGAAGCUCGGCAACGUCAAGAUGUACGAUGGUGGGAUGGACCACAUCGUCCAAGGCGCCUUCAUGUUGAUGGAAAGCAACAGAAGGCAGCAAAAGGAGAUUGCUCGUUUGAAGCAAUUUGAGCAGAAGGUGGCUUCGGUCGACGAGGCCCUGGGCAGCUUGGAGAGGCUGCGGCCCGAGGUGGAAAGCCUGAAGAAAAGGGCUGAUGAGGCUGAUCAGCUGGCCGCUGAGAAGGAUGGGGCCCUUCAGCGCUUGGCCGACGUGGAGCGCACUCGUGAUGAGGCCCUUCAUCGUCCUGAGGAGGCCGAGAAGGGUAAGGCCAAUGCAGAGCUGGCCCUGACUGCUGCUGAAGAGAAGGCUGCUGAGGCCGCCGUGCAGAAGUUCCUCGAGGUUGGCUGGAAGGACGAGGACCGGCUCCCCUGGUGCUUCGACGUCGUGGCGGCGAGGCUCGUCGACUGGGUGAAUAAGUCCCCCGACGGCCAGGCAUACUGGGAGAAGGAGAUGAAGGUCUUCUACGACCUCGGCCAGUACCGGAUGCAACGGCUGCUCUAUCGGAGGCUCCAACGUCAUUUCUUGGAUUUGGGUGUGGCCAAGAAGUGGGCCGUCUGCCUUGAGUUGCCUUCGAUGAUGAGGCAUCCCGAAGCGGAGUUGGAGCUCCCUGCGGCGGAACGGCAGCUCCCUAUUGAGAGCUCUCAAGCCAGCGAUGAUUGGGCCUAUGAGCCAAGCAUGUUUGAAGACACCGCCACGUCCGGUGUUGCUGCCGAUGCGGUCACUGCCCAGGCCGAAGAGAAAGCCGGUGCUGAAAAGGACUCCGAAGCCCCGCCGGAGCCAUGAUUCAUUGUACUUUUGUUUUUUGAUUUUCAUUAUGUAACGGCCAAGAAGCCCAAGUUGUAUCCCCUUUUUUGUGAAUGAAAA